AUGGCCGAUGCUGCAGCUCUUGUGGAGGCGUCGGGAUCCAGAUUUAAUGACUUGGAGUUGAUCGGAAGAGGGUCGUUUGGAGAUGUCUAUAAAGGGAUGCUACUGAGUGAACAUUACAGUACUAAUGGGUUGUACACCACUCUAAACACAUUUCUUGAUAUGUCACUUACGCUGAGAACAGGUUAUGUUGCAGAGGCAACCAUUGGACCUUUUUUUAGUCCUGGGAUGACGACAAUCCAUGUCCUUGUCAGUGAAUUAAACAACUUUGAUGCCAAGUGA